AUGGGAACCGUUAAUUAUUGCAAGGAUUUCAUCCGAAAUUUAGCCAUUAUAGCUGAUCCACUCUAUCGUCUCACUAAGAAGAAUUCUGCUUUCACAUGGGAUACUGAGGUGCAAUUGGCUUUUGAUCAAGUUAAAUCAGCUGUAGCCAAUGCGGUAAGUCUCAACCUUCCAAAUACCAAGUAUCCAUUCUACCUUGAAUGUGUUAGAAAAGGAAGCCUAUUCGUGAAAUCAUUAGAAAUGCAUCACUUCAAUAUCUUUGGGUUCAAGGUAAUCAUCAUAAUAAUAUUUAAUUCCUAA